GGCCAAGCAUUGCUGCUGCUCCCCAGGGCGGCGUUGCAGGGACACGUAGAAGAGAGUCGCGCAACUUACAGGCAACACAAACAAACCACCGGGCAACUCGCGCUCCGCCGCCUCCGCCUCGUCGGUUUCCACUCGCCAGAGGCCUUCCCCGCCCCCACCGCAGCCACGUCUCCGCAAGUCAGGCACACGCGCCGCUCCCCCAGCACAAACACCGACGGACGGUCCUCCGAACCAUAGAGGCGGCGGGAAAGAACGGCGGCGCGUGGGGGUGGGAGAGGCGAAUCAUUCCAGGAAAAAACACGCCCGACGGGCGGAAGUCGCGUCGCUCCUCCCGUUCCCUCGGUGGACCUCGCGCAGGAGCAGAAGAGGCAGCUCAGAGGAAGGGAAGGCGGAAGGUCCAGAGUCCCGGUUGGAGCUGUGCGCGGGGGCCCGUCAGCGGAGGGAAUCUGGAGGCGGACUGAGCGGGCCGAGCGAGGGAUGACAGGGCGUUGCCAAGGUAACUCGUCACGGGCGCCGCUCCCGCUCGGAGUUCAAGGCCAUGUCGUAGGACCCGGAGCGACGCGCCGGUGUUUUAGUGGGCGCAUUUAUGACGUCGCGGGCGAUGGCCUCGGGGGUGAGCUGCUGGGAGCUGUGCAAUGCAUAUAAAUCUUGUGUAUACAUGUAUAUGCAUGCAUGCAUGCAGAGUUGAAAGGAAGCGUGCACGGCCGCCACCAGCUCCUGGGAACUUGCGCCUCCUCUCUCGCAGGGCAAAAGAGAGACCAAAAAGGCCCCAAGUCAUGAGCUAGUGAGGAUGUAGGUUCUACAGUGCUUGCUUUCAUCGUCCCUCCCUAUUCCUUUCCCCCCUUUUCCCUCUUGCCUGUUAGGUUGCAGACCUUGCUGCUCAGAAAAAACAACAACACAGGCACUUUAUACGUGUUAAUAAUAGCACACAUGUGUUUACUCCCUUAGCAGGGCUAGCAGAUAAAGCUUGCACAGGCUUGGAGGUGACAUGGACUCAGUAGAAGGCGGGUAAGUCAGAACAGUACCUGGCAGGUUGAGGCAGACCCUUAUGGUUCCCUAAUGGGUUAUGACAGAGUUAGGCAAGUUGGGGGGGGGGGGGAGCAGGUUCAGAUCUGGUAGUUGGGGGUGGAGUUAGUGGAAACUUGUGGUCCAAGAGCAGAGCCUGGUGGCAUCUAUGGUGGACAGAAGUCCAUGAAGCAUUACUAGUUUUUCAGGCUCCAGUGUUGGUUUUUCCACUGAACACAAUUUUACUGGUUGGACCAGUGAAAAAGUGACUGUUUGAUAAUCCAAGUGCCUACCAUAAAUAGAGUUUGUUUUGCUAGUUGUAUUGGGCUUCCUUUUUAAAAGGAAAGCUAGAUGCAAACCGUGAAAUGAUCUGGUUACAGAUGAGGAGGCUGAUCUGGUCUGUAACACUGAAACCUGGGUGGGCGAACAGGGUGGAGUUGGUCUUACCCAGCUGUGCCCACCUGAGUACUCGGGCAGCAUCAGGGCAGACUUGGGGGUGGGGAGUUGUUGCAGUCUAUAGAGAUUCCAUCUCUGUCUCCAGGUUCUCUGUCCAGUUAUGUGGGGAUCUAGAGUGUGUGUUUCUGGCACUGGGCAAUUGGGACAGAUUAGGAAUUCUGCUGGUUUGCUGUCUGUCUCCCUACCCAGCACUCUGCCUGCCUGAGGUGAUGGAGCUGGUUUUGAAGGCAGUGUUGAGGACCCCCAGACUGCUGGUUCUGGCGGACUUCAACAUCCAGGCCAAGGCGAUUGGCUCUGGGAUGGCUCAGGACUUCAUUGCUGCCAUGAUGACCAUUUGCAGGAUGUGCUGAACCAUUGUCUUGCCUUGGUAAUGGAUUGGAGAAAGCCAACAAACUGAAGCUCAAUCCAGAUAAGAGUGAGACAUUGUUAGAGGGUGGUUCCCUAGAUCAUAUGCAUGGGAGGUUGCCUGCUCUUGGUGGAAUUACACUCCCUCUGAAGGAGCAGGUACAUAGCUCAGGGGUACUUCUGGCUCAGGUGGCUUCUGACCUGGAGUACCUUCCAUCAGCUUCAGCUGGUGGCCAAGCUGCACUACAUCUAGACAAGGGUAGCUUAACUUCUGUUUCUAUUCCCUGGUAACCUCUAGGUUAGAUUACUGCCACAUGUUAUACAUAGGGCUGCCUCUGAAGAUGGUUUGGAAACUUCAGCAGCCAGGUUGCUCACCAGGACAAGACAGUUUGAGCUGAUCCUGGGUUUGGUGCUCUUCCUCAACAAACCCACUUUUUCAAAAAUCACACUUCAUGAUAAGAAAAUUAAUAGGAAGAUCAAGAAAAUUGAUAGGAAGAUCUGGGGUAACCAUUGCUUGAUGCGAUGUUGUGUAACCUCCCCACAAACAAACCAGAAAGAAUGCCCAAUAAACAACCAGUGUUGUAUAACACACACACCCUCCCCUCCAAAGUGUGCAAACCAGGAUGAAUGCUCAACAAACAAAUAAUCUGGAAUCAACCUCCAGCGUUUUUUGUGUGUGUUAUUCCAUCUUCUCAGCAUCGUAUUCCUGUGGUGUAAUCUGCAUCUGUGUCAGGCAUGUGUAUACACAUUUGAAGUGCUUAUAUAUAAGCAUUGCAUUUUAAAAUGUCUGAUAUGUUUGAAAAAAAUUACAGGUAUGUAGGAUCAACAGCAUAUUUUAGGUAGAGUGUUUAUUAGGAUAGUUUUCUGCACAGUGGUGGGGGGUAGUAUUUGGGGCUCUUUGUCUAGGCCUUUAAAGCAAGGGUGGGAAAAUCUACUCCAAAUGUUGUUGGACUCCAACUCCCAUCGGUAACAAAUAGCACGACCAGUAGUUUGGUAUUGUAGUCCAGCAAGAUUCCCUUUUUUGCUUUAAUUGCAGGGACUAUCCUCCAUAUUAUGUAGAACUAGAAAAUAUAUAUUUUAUCUAAUAAAGAAUAUCAGUGUGGUGAUCACUUAAAUUCAUUAAAUUAGUCUUAGAACUUAAAUAAACAGCUUGCCCCUGUCACUUGGAGUCUUGGAAACACUCAAAAAGCUGCAAAGUCUAAAGUUGAACACUGUCAGUCCUUCAUAAAGGUAAGGGUACCCCUGACCAUUAGGUCCAAUUGCGGACGACUCUGGGGUUGAGUGCUCAUCUCGCUCUAUAGGCCAAGGGAGCCGGCGUUUUGUCCACAGACAGCUUCCGGGUCAUGUGGCCAGCAUGACUAAGAGCAGCGCACGGAAACGCCAUUUACCUUCCCACUGGAGCGGUACCUAUUUAUCUACUUGCACUUUGACGUGCUUUUGAACUGCUAGGUGGGCAGAAGCUGGGACCAAACAACGAUCGCCAACCUUCUGAUCGGCAAGCCCUAGGCUCUGUAGUUUAGAUCAUAGCGCCACCUGUGUCCCUCUCAGUCCUUCAUAUGUACAGUGGUACCUCGGGUUACAUAUGCUUCAGAUUACAUACACUUCAGGUUGAAGACUCCGCUAACCCAGAAAUAUUACCUCGGGUUAAGAACUUUGCUUCAGGAUGAGAACAGAAAUCGUUCUCCGGUGGCACAGCAGCAGCAGGAGGCCCCAUUAACUAAAGUGGUGCUUCAGGUUAAGAACAGUUUCAGGUUAAGUACGGACCUCCGGAACGAAUUUCUCGGAGUUCAAGCCUGAUUCUGUACAUAUGUAAGCAUAAUUCUACAUAACAUCGGGCUGUUUCAGAAGCUACUCCUGAAGAAUCUACUCUCAGCUUUAAAACACCUUGGAAAUUUGGUGUGGGAGCUUCUUUUAAAAAAAGAAAUACCGUAUUUUUUGCUCUAUAAGACUCACUUUUUCCCUCCUAAAAAAAGUAAGGAGAAAUAUGUGUGCGUCUUAUGGAGCGAAUGCAGGCUGCACAGCUAUCACAGAAGCCAGAACAGCAAGAGGGAUUGCUGCUUUCACUGCGCAGCGAUCCCUCUUGCUGUUCUGGCUUCUGAGAUUCAAAAUAUUUUUUUUCUUGUUUUCCUCCUCCAAAAACUAGGUGCGUCUUGUGGUCUGGUGCAUCUUAUAGAGUGAAAAAUACGGUAUAAAUUCCAAAAGUAUGGGUAUGCUCUUUCCCCUAGUUUCACCUUUGUAAAUAUUGUCUCUCCGGAUCACUGCAGUAAAAUGAAGCAGCACCCAACUCUCUGUGAUAUAUCAGCUUUGACAUUGUCGUUUUCAAAAAGAAAUGUUGUAAACUAGCAAAUGUGGUGAGUGAUUCUUAAGGGCUCUUAAAGCAGGGUGGGUUGAAACAUGGUAACUCAAAUAUCUGUAAGAUCCUUUGCUAUUCAUUGGAAUAUUAGCAACCAAUAAGUUUUUGCCGUGAUCUCAGUGUUUAAGUGAAAUUCUUGCUCUUGAAAUAGUUCUGUGAGUACUGGAGUUGCUGAAAUUGAUAAAAGUGAGACGCUUUGGAAGGAUAACAGUAAUUCGAUAAAAUGUCGCCAUCCAGUAAACGUAGGAAACAUUUGUUUUUGGUUCUCUUGGGGCCAUAGUCUAAACUUUUUGCUUUUCCACUAUCUAUUUAGGCAGCAAUAUUGUAGAUAUUUUUAAAGUGCUGCAGAAACAUGAGCAUAUGCUUCCUUCUGUUCUCUGAGAGUCCUGGUGGUUGUACACGGCAUAAAAUUGAGCAUAUGUUAGUUUUUAAGUGUGCAGAUGAAAAUGAAAGACAUCUGUUCUGCUUCUCAGUACAUAUACUCUGGACUGAAUCUGUCUUCAGGUAUAGUGCAUCUGCGGCUCACAUGGAGCAUGUUGAACCUGUGUUAAUGUUCAUUCAUAACAGCUACUUUAUGAUAUGCAUGGCUGUGCUUUCCUUGAAAAAUUUAGGGCAUUAUAUGGUCUUUUCUUCCUUGUGGUUUAUCAGCCACAGAAGCUGUUUUAUAUAAAUAUGAUGGCUCUGUCAUAAAAAUGUAACCUCUUUUCCUCAAAAGAAAAAAAAACCCUGCAGCAGAAGAUCUUUGCUUAACAGUAAUGGGUUUGCAUAAAAGAAAAUGGGAUAAACAGUUUAAUAAAUCAAACACUGAAGGAUUUAAUGGCAGAAUCCAAUGACCCAUCACAACUGCUGCUGUGCAUUAUGCAAACAAUGUACAAUGUAGUAGAAAACAUAUGCGAUUACUGCUGAUAGUUAUCUCGGGUCUUUGAAGGACAAUGUAACUGGAUUUUUCCCAGUUGCAACUAACAGCCUCAGGAUGCUAUCCAAGCCCUAGGUGGUGCCUGGUCAGGCAUAACAAAGUGGCAGGACCAUCACAGUCCUACUGCAUGCCCUAGCUGUGGCAUAAAGCAGGUAGGUGCAAAGCUGUGAGUCUGCAGCCAUCACCCCAAUCUGAGUCAAUGCUGUUAUAUGAUGGCAGUUGGUAUUACAGUGGAACCUCAGAAUCCAAACACCUGUAAACUUGAACGUUUUGGCUCUUGAACAGUCGAAAACCAGAAGUGAUUGUUCCAGUUUCCGAAUGAUUUUCGGAAGCCAAAAGUCUAGCACAGCUUCCGCGGCUUCUGGUUGGCUGUAGGACACUCCUGCAGCCAAUCGGAAGCCAUGCCUUGGAAGUCGAACUGACUCCCAGAACGGAUUCCGUUCUUCCAAGAUACAUCUGUACUUGAGAUCCAACAGCUCCCAAGUCAUCUCAGUAGCACCCCUGCUUGGAACUGAUACCACUUCUGCCCACCCACCUGUUUGGUGUGCAGAACAGAGAGCUCGGCACUAGCAGAAUAGUGGAACCAAAUCUCAUUAAAUUUAUAUUGCUGUAGUUUAAACACAUAUAUUUCAGGAUGGAAUUAGUUCACUCUGGGUUUUUAGAGCACUUUGAAGAUAUUGAUGAAAACGCUGCCAUGUAGUAGUACCAUGAGCUGCCCUGUUCUGUACUCUGAAUUACUGGGAAGUUAGAUAGCAUUGCAGAAAGAGGUGGUUAGGAAGGAAGCAGCUAGGAUAAGAGUAGAAAUGCAUUAAGGGUUCAAGUUUAGAGAGUAUUGUCUAUACUGACUGGCAAUGGCUUUCCAAGGUUUCUGGCCUCUCCCAGCCCUACUUGGUGAUCAACCUUCUGCAGGCAAAGAAGCUGUGCUUCUUGGCACCUGCUCCUUUGAUUGGUUUGCCUUUUUCAGUUUCAACCCAAGGGUGAACAAAACCUUGAAUGUUGUAUGCAGUGGACCUAUUAAUUUUGUUGCUGUUUAUAAUUUGAGCCUACCAAAGGAAAGAAUGGUUAGUUUUUAGGUCCCAUUCCUUUCCUGGAAAGUUGCUAUUUGUGCCAAUUUACCUUAAGCUCCUUUCAGCUCUAGACAACUAACAUUUUAUACUAGGGGUGGCUCGGGCUGCUUUGAUGGUUGACAACUUUCUGGAGACUGCAUACCAGCAGCUGGCAUGGCUAAAGUGACCAGUGCAUACUCAAUUGCAUGUGCACACUUACCACACAUUUUGAGAGGCAGACAGACAUGCAGACAUAUUCGAACAGCCCACCCCCUGCACACUCUUUUGCCAGUCAGCAGAGGAUCAGGUGGUUUCCUUCUCAUCACAUCAGUGGGCUGGGAGUAGUUCCCCUCUUUCUUACCCAGCCCUGAUACGGAAAGGAAAAUACUGGUAAGUGUUCCUUUCUAUUUCUGAAGCCUUUUUCUUCUGCUUAAGGGGGGAAAGGCACUUUUCCAAGGUAAGAAGAGGCAGAUUUUGACAGAGGACAAGGAAGCCACUGUAAGUGGCUUGGCAAGCUGAAUCUGGUCUGUGGGUUCGCCUUCCCUGUUAUAUGCCAUUUCAUUCUGGAAUUGUAUUGUUAAUUAUUUGAGUUUGAAAGCCAAAAAGCUUUGCGUUGUUAAGAAUCCUGACUUGCAUCGGUUUUGUUUUGUUUUUUUACAUUUCAGUUGGAUUGUUCCUUUACUUGUAAAGAAAAACCCAAAGCCCUUCCAAAGUUGAUGAACCCGUCAAUAUCUUCCAUGGUGACUGGUGCAAUACAGACUGCUUAACUUUUUGCAGUGUGCUUUAUACUUCAAGCUUCCAUGAAGCUCAGCUGCUGCCUAUUGACUUUGAUUCUCAGUUCUAGUGUUUCUGCACUAGAAAAUGUGGCCUCCAACCUGACAGCUGCUACUGGGUCAAGGUUCCUUCAUCUCGAUGCAUCAUUUCUUCCCACCCUACAAGCCUUCACAAAAUCGGCAGUACCUCAAGAUAUCAUAGUGAAAGAAGGUAACGGUGCUUUCAUUGAAUGUAAGCUGAACAUCAGUCAGCAUAACAGCAUCCUUUGGUUCAACUCAAAGGGGCAUCUACUGAAGCAAGAUGGAGAGGGUAAGAGACAACUGUUUGACUUGCUUUACACAAUGUACCAGGUGUGCUGUAUUGAUCACAGAAGUUCUCUUGUAUGUGACACUUUUAAGAAGACGUUGAAGGGAAAGCCACUCUUCCUAGGUUCGUUGCCUCUCUGCCCAAACAUACCUACAUUAAAACACAAUACAAGUCUAUUUUAAAUUAAAGUACUGGAUUUUGGCUGAAGCUAAAUGGGCUAUAACUUACACAACUUGCAAUCUAGGUACUGUUACAUAAUAUUCGAGCAGCUAGUAGUUUUCAUUCCGAAUUAGUUGCUUUAGGAGUAUAGCUACUUGAUAUUUUAAUCCAUGUGCUGAUUGCAUGGUUUUUAUCAGGGGAGAAUGCUCACCUCAUCAAACCCAGAUUUACAUUUAGAUUGGGGGACGACAGUGCAGCAAUAAUUUUUGGUGACCCAACCCUCUAGGGCAGCCUUUCUCAACCUGUGGGUCCCCAGAUGUUGUUGAACUACAACUCCCAUCAUCCCUAGCUAGCAAGGCCAGAGCUCAGGGAUGAUGGGAGUUGUAGUCCAAUAACAUCUGGGAACCCACAGGUUGAGAACUGCUGCUCUAGGGGCUGCAUGCCAGCAGAAGAUGUGACCAUUUCAUAUGGGCAGACAGUCUCCUCAGCUGAGCCUUGCAGAUCAGCUGGGGAGAGGGGGUUAUUGUCCGUUAUGCAGUCAUCAAAUGAUCAGUCUGGUGACUGGGGAAGGGAGUGGUUUGCAUCCCCAUCAUGGCACUGGGCUCUGUCCAAUCCAGCAAUACAUUUACCUUUUUUUUUUUACCUUUUUGCUGUUGUUGCCAGAAUAGGGUAUUGGGAAAGCAGAAAACAUUGCAUGAAAAAGUGAGAUAGCACUGUACACAUAUUUUGUCCAAGUGUCCACCUUUUAUAGCCCAUCAAGCUUUUAAGUACACAUUUGCCUGCUGCCGCAAUCCAGUGGAUCUUGCUACAUUUAUUAAUAGAAACAUUUGCAGUUUAACAAUAUAAUUUUCACAAGUAGUAUUGGGGUUGGAGGGAAGGGCCACCCGGUAGGGAUGAGUGCCUUUGCAAAUGGAUAGCAACAUUAUAAUGUAAACAAGUGCCCAAAUCAGACCCAGGCCCAGCUCUAACCCAAACAUGCAUUUGUAGAUCUAUUUCUUCCUUUUUACAAUAUAUUUGUAUGUUGGGAGUGCUGCUGUGUGACCCACCUUAGAUCAGGCAGUGACCCAGAAGUGGGUGGUCUCAACACCCCAGUUGAAGACCAGUGACCUAGAUCAAGUACAUGAGAUGAGUAUUUUCUUGGCUAGGUAAAGAUAUUCAACCCUGCUUGACUAGUAGGUUGGCAAAUGACCAGACGUAUGUUGUUAUCCAUAUUCCCAAUUCAGUGUUGCUGGUUUCAUAAUACAGUUCACGGGGCAUGCCUAUAUAUAUAUCAGAAAAGAUGCAAGUAUGAUCUGUUACUCUAAUGUUGAAAUCUUUUUUUGUAUUUCUGUUUUAGAUGGAAGAUGGCUGAUCUCUAACAGUACCCUUAAUAUCACAAGUGUAACCUUUGGUGACCGGGGGCGAUACAGUUGUGUUGUCACUACCCAAAAUGGCUCUUUCUAUUACUCAGUCACCCUCAGGGUGGUCUCCACAUCUGGGGACAUGGGCAUUUACUACAUGAUUGUCUGCCUGGUUGCCUUUACUAUCACCCUGAUCUUAAAUAUAACACGUCUGUGCAUGAUGAGCAGCCAUCUCCGCAAGACAGAGAAGGCCAUCAAUGAAUUCUUCAGGACUGAAGGGGCUGAGAAACUACAGAAGGCCUUUGAAAUUGCCAAACGCAUUCCAAUCAUUACCUCUGCCAAAACGCUGGAACUGGCCAAAGUCACCCAGUUUAAGACUAUGGAAUUUGCUCGAUACAUUGAAGAGUUAGCCAGAAGUAUCCCUCUUCCGCCGCUCAUCCUUAACUGUAGGGCCUUUAUGGAAGAAAUAUUUGAAGCAGUGAGAGUCGAUGACCCUGAUGAAGUUGGAGAUGGAGUCAAACAAGCCCUCGGUGUCCAAGACGGACUCUAUCCCUUAAACCCAGAAAUUAAGCGCAGUAAUUCACCGACAGCAGACUCGGAUGAUGGUUCUGUAAAUGACCAUGGUAAAGAAAUAGCUGUUGAGGUAUCCAUCCACCUUCAGUCAGAAGCACAAAGCAUUGACACUGUUUCCCACGACAGUGUUCCCUCCAUACCUUCUGAAGAUGAUGCAGGUGCUGAAGCCAGUACAGCAGCAAAGGCAGAUGUAUGAAAGCUUCAUCUGGAAACUUCAAGAAAAAAGGGGGGGGGGGGAAAGCAGCACAAAAACCUUAUCUCUUUUUAAAAACUCCAGUGGCUAUAAGGUGCUGAACAUUUAGCAAAAGUAUGGAUUUGGAUUUUUCUUUUGUAACAUAUCUCAGUGUUCACCAACCAAUUAGGAAAACAGCUUAAAUCAUGUUUUUAAACAUUCUCCUUGGUAGGAAUACUACUGGGGGCAUUUUACAGAGGGGAUACUUUCUCCCAGUUUUUGGGAUCUCCAGCUAACAUCAACGAAAGAUCAAGGAUACAUUGACAUAAACUGUUUUUGCUAUUCUUACAGGGAGGUUGAAUUCCUGAAUAUGUCCAGUGAUGAUUUCAUAGUGUGUGAUGGCAUAGUUCACUAGAACAGUGCUUGUCUUGCUUGUCUGAAUUUAUAAUAUCUGAUCAAGCUUAUCUUGAGUUUGUAAGAAACAUACAUUUUAGCAUUUCUUAUAGUAAUAGUAUGGGAUUAUUACACUUUUAAAAUGAAGAGUUGGAUCCAGACUGACUCAUGUUUAGAGUAGAUCUAUUGCAAUCAGUGACACUUAAGUUAGCCUGAGUCCAGCCUUAUGUCAGUAAGCUGUGAAAUUACCAGAGCUGCCAGUUUGUCAUGUUGUUCAUGUUCACGUACAUUGCAAUCACAUGCAAUACUUGAACUAGAAAAUGGAAACCAAAUGCAAAUUUUGGCAUCUGAAUUUCUCAUAGCAGCCAAGAAGUGGUAAUUUGGUUGUUUUAAAUGUGCUGCUGCUUGCCAAGCAGUUCAAAAAAGGCCCUGUCUGUUUGGGGUUUUUUUUAGUAAAGCUCCAGAUGUCAGCACUUCAAGUAUUCUUUCUUCUCUGACACUGCUGAAAUUCCAAUGUGUUCUAGUGCCAUCAGUAUUGCUAGGAGGAAAGCAAUGACAACUUAAACAGUUAUGAUCUUGUUGAAGAGUUUGCAAUAAACUCUCACAUUAAAAAGGGAAAUAAAACCUCUUUGGUUUCUCAGGCAGUUGUUUCUGAACAAUAUUUAUAAGAGGCAAAUGUGUGGCCAGAGUCUUUGGAACUAGUCAUCACCCAAUGGACGUGCCUAACACUCUCCUAAUGAUUCAGGUAGGUAGCCGUGUUUGUCUACUAAUGUACAUUUGUGUUUGAUGAAAAGCAGCCAUGGGUGCAGAAUGAUUGGGGUAGAGGAGCUGUGCAGGUGGAUGAGGAGGUUGUGGCUGGCUUUUGCAUGAACAUACGCUGUAUAACAUUCUUUGGCACUUUAGUAAAAUCUGAUGAAUGCAACAAAGGGUAAAUAGUUAACACAUUGAGUGACUUCUCUCCUGUGUUGAUGGCUUAGCUACCUCUGCAUGUGCAGCAGGUGAUACAAUGGACUGUACCACUUCAGAUGGGGGAUACUACAUUUGAAUUCUCACACACACAUUAAAAAAAAUCAGAAAAAGAGGUUGUGGCCUCACUUCUUAUUGGCCAUUUUGUUUUUUGUUUGCUAUACAGGAAUCUUCCAAAUGUUUCACAUGAUCUAAGGUGGUGCAGUCCUUUCUACCACCACAUUGCGUGGCAUAAGUAGACUGAUAUUUAACCAGCAAAUUAUUGCUGCAUGACAGGUUGAUUUGUUAAUAGCCACUAUAAAUGUUUCCAGUGGCCAUUUCCCCAUGUCAUGAAUUGGGCCAUGUUAUACCAUGUAAAGCUGGAAAAUAGAAUGAAUAAUUGGAGGAUGAUAAAAUUAACUUUUGGCAUCCUUCUGUACUCUGAAUAAUAUAGCUGGUUGGCUUCCUACUUGGCCCAUGUUCUUUUUUGUCUUUCAUGUGGCCAUAGCUGUGCAGACCCAGUUUUGUGAUAGGAAUGUGCCUCUGCUAGCUGCUCAUUAAGCUCCAGUCAAGGCAGAUUCUAGCUUUUGCUAUUUGGUGCUUGUUUUUUUUAUAUACUUUAAGAGUGUGUCACUUUAAUUGCAUCUUAUAUUCAGUUUUGUUUUAACGUAUACAAAGCUUGUCUACAUUUUUUCACGACUUAAAACAUAAUGUCAUAUUGUUUUAACAAUUGGCAAUGGGGGUUCCCAUUAAUUUCCUACAGCUCUUCUUCUGCUGUUUUAUUCAUAGAAUCUCAUUUGAACUAGCAGUCGCUGAAGGGGAAUAAACACAAUUUUCAGGUGGAUUUAGUGUUACAUCUAUAGCACUAGAAGUGGGUGGGAAACAGCAACGGUAAUGCUACCUAGGAAAUGAGAGUCAUUGGCAGUAAUGCUCGCUAUGUAACUCAUAAAAUGAGUAAAUGAUAUUUACCUGUUAGAAUUUUGCUUGAAUUUCUUCUGACAAAAGUUCCUAAAGCAAAAUAGAGAUGGUACAGACAUUAACUUGGCAGUGGGAUAUAUCUGAGUUUCCCCUAACCUCCAAAGGUGCUCUUCAAAUUAAGUUGCUUGCUUCUGACCCUUGCUUCAUGCUCAAGUAGCCCAUUCUUCUCCACUUGACUGCUGCUUGCUGUGAAGCAUAAGCUGCUUGGGAAUGCAAAUAACAGGUAGGAUCUCUGGGUCAGGAGCUAGCACAUCUACACUCCACCCAGGCCCUGUUCAUUCAUUACUUGCAUGUAGGGUGUAAUUGUGUUUACAUGUAGCAGGGCUGUGCUUUUUGUCCUGCCCGCCCAUAUCAUGCCUCCUUCCUCAAACAAUUUCAGACAAGCAGGAGGUCACAUGUUAGAGUUUCUGUUCAGUAGUGGGCAGCUUGGUUAUUUGAGGAAGGAGGUGUGACAUCACGGGGGGGCAGGGCUAAAAACAUAUACCCUCCUUCAAGGAAACACAGCUAUGUCCUACAUCAGGCAUGUCCAACUCCCAAGAGAAUGCGAUCUACUCCCACUAUUAAAAAAACUGUCAGUGAUCAACCCACUGGAUUGACCAAAGUUGUUGAGCUUUUUUUGGAGUGGAGGCAAGGAACUUGCAAUCAACUGGUAGCUCGCAAUCGGCCUGUUGGACAUGCCUGUCCUACAUGUAAAUAAGGCUGCAGUAUUUAUCUGUUGACUCCUCUGGGCUUUCCACAAUGUUUCCUGUACUACCUGACUAUCCUAAAGAUAGAAACUGUGGACUGAUGCAUAAUAGCUUCACUUACGUAAGCUAAUCUGGCAGCAAUGGGUGAAAUUACUUUGGCAGGCUUGGCUGAUAAAUGUAUUCCUCUGGGAUUCCACUCUGUCCUAGAUCAUAAGAACAGGUCAAUUUAUUUUCAGUGUGUCUGUUAGAUGAAGAAAGUCUGCAGGAAGGAAUUAGAAUGCGACCCCUGCCUCUUGCUGAAUACCACAAUCCUGAUUUUUCACAGUAAGCGUUUAUCAGCAGCCCCAUCCUUGAAUGUUAAAGCACACAGUUCACUGUUUUGCACUGAGGGGAGAUGGUGUUUAAUACUUUCCAGAAGCGUAGGCUCUUCUAACUCUGGAAACAAGCGAUUAAAUGUUUUGAAUCCCACCAAUUUAUUCCUACAGUUACAGUUUACAGCAGUAAAUUCUACAGGCUAUGGAUUCCACUGUGCCCAGUUAGCACUGCACUGCAAUGCUUACAUGGCAACAGUGGCAACACUGUAAUUGCUGAAUGGAUUUGUAGGCCUAAUAAUCAAGUCAGAUUAUCGUAAUUGUCCUUGUGAAUCUGCAGAACAUGAUGUUCUACGUAUAAUACGGAGGCACAACUAGCAAAUUCAGGGCUUCCAACCCAGCAGAUACAAUAUAGCAGUGUUUGACGCUUCCAUAGAAAAGUCUCUGGAAAAUUCCAAAUAAUCAUAUGACACUGGAACCUGGGUAUAAGAUCUGUGCAAGACAAUAAUACUUAUUUCUGUUUUUCAAUUUCUGUGUAUGAAAAUAUAAUGUACAUUCAGGUAUACCGUUGAAAUAUUUUGAACUGAUAUCGUCUACUAGGAGUAAGGGGGUGGGCAAUGGGGAAAGCAGUUCCUAGAACAUGAUCUCCAACCCGCACUCUCAUUGCUGGUAGACAGUCCAUAUUUGUUCUGUUCCAGGAUAGAAACUGUGAGGUUUAUUUUCUCUAGACUCUUCUGUAAAUAAUUUGCAUUUAUGACACAGGCAUAGGACCCUGCCUGUGCAACAAAGGCGCAACUGAAACAUACAGUACAUUUUCAAGACUAAGUAAAAAGAAAAGUAUUAAAACUGGAUGCAUGAUGAAUUUGUUGUUGAGCGUGGAUAAGCUUUACAAAAUGUUGAUGUGAUAUUGUUAAUUUAUAUGGAGAAGAUUGAUUGUGUUUGCAUUUGUUUGAUGCAGCUAACUAAAAAUUGAUGUAAGAUUACUCAGAUGGCCAACAAAUGGCAAGAGUCACUUGCAGAUGAAAUGUCACUUGCAGAAUGCCCACUGGCUCACUGAGUAUAAAUUAUACCAAUGCUUGACUUAAACUAAUGUCUCUUGUCAAUCAUGAGGUUGUCUUGUCUUGUUUCCUUAGCCUCUGAAUUUUGUGGCAAUCAUAACGAUCUACUUUUAACUGAAAUAGUAUUUAAAACAAUAUUGUAGUAAUUUGCAUUCUGGUGGGGGCAGUGUCAAUUUUCUGUAACAGCACAGGAUUUCAUACUUUCAUAUAAAAGGUGGUGGGUUUCCCCCCAGAAUAAAAUCCAUUAUUAAAAGUUUGGGC